AUGUCAGCUCGGACUCCCGACGACGGUAACCAAUCCAAUACUCAGAUCGAGGCUGGAAUUGACAGCCCCCGGACCCCGGACCAGGUGUGGACGAGUCCUUUGGACUUUGUUGACGGUCCACCAGAACCGCAUGCUUCUCUCACCAGGAGAUCACCAUCGCAAAAUGAGGCGUACCUGUCCGACCAGCACCGAGCCGGCUCUGUCGCGCCAUCCAACGGCGAUAAGCGAAUCGUGUAUGCGGAUGAUACGUUGACACACAGCGUCCUCCCUCACAUGACCGGUCACCGUUCGUUCAAUGCAUCCGACAGUCGAGAAGGCGACCGCGUCGAACCAGACAGCCCGAACAUGGCGCGAGUUACAAUAACCUGCCCACCAGCGCCCUCCCUUACCUGGUUUCGACGCGAACUGGACCCAACAACCAAGACUUUCUCUCACUUGGUCGCUGAAGAUAUCACGUACCUGUGUAAGGUCAAGGGAGUACUGGCAUUUCCACCAGUCAUUACCUGUGACCUGCUGAUGGGAUGUUUCGUACGCCACUUUUUACCAGCCUAUCCCGUCGUGGACAGGAAUGACCUGCAAAGAAUCUACCUGCGUUUCCGGCGUGGCACCAUCAGCUCCCCCUUGCUUAUGCAUUCAAUCUUCUUUGCAGCUUGCCAGUAUAUGGAUGAGAACACAUUACAAGAAGCCGGGUUCAAGAAGAGGUCGGCGGCACAAGAGUACUUCCACACCCGAGCAGCACUCCUCCAUUCCUUCAACUGCGAAAAAGACCAGCUUAUGCUCAUUCAAUCUCUCAUUUUUAUGAGCCCAAGGUGGACGAACUAUAGCGAAGAAAAAGACAUCCGCUUUUGGACAACAUGUGCAUGCAAUUUGGCUUUCACGAUGGGCUUGCAUAAAGCUAUUCCUCCGUCAUCCAGAUUAUCACAGCAUCAGAGAUGCCUGUGGCGGAGGAUCUUUUGGACUCUGUUCGUACGCGACUAUAAUGUCGCGCUCGGUAUAGGUCGUCCGCCGGUGAUCAACCUCGAGGUCGUGGAUGUUGAGCUUCUCUCUGAGUCUGACUUCUACGAGACGGCUGCUGUGGAAGGCGCGGAAAAGUCUGGGGAGUGCCCAGUCGACUUUUACUUCUUCAGUAAGGUCCACAGCGCGUUCAUGACCGACUUGAUCACGCUCUCGAAAAUCCUGUCAGAAAUUUUCACCAUGAAUGUUGAGCAUCGAAGACACGAAGACUCUCUCCUACCACGCCUGAUCUCCGUCAAAACGCGUCUGGAACAGAUGGACUUGGCUUCUGAGCGUGCAACAAGAUCGUACACGACCGCAGACUCUCUGGUUGAAUAUUCAAUCUGGCCGAUCUCUGUCGAACUCAACCGUCAGAGAAUUAUGGCCUUGACCUUCAGAGUCAUGCACAAGGUACUACUCGAACACGACUCUGGAUUUUCCAAUAGUCUCACCGUCCAACAAGUUCGGGAUGGCAUUAUCAAGUGUGCUGCAAGGACUAUGGCGCUAUAUGAGGAACUUCUCUCAUCGGACGUAUUGAAGUACAGCCACAGUUUUUUAAAUACCUCUCUCUUCAACGCGCUCAUCACCUAUCUCGAGGAAGUAAAGGAUAAUCCACGAGACUCUAGUCGGGCGUGCAUAGCUGUCAACAAAAUCCAACUUGGCCUGUUGAUACUCGGAGAGCAUCGCAAAUACUGGAACGCCGCUCGCUGGUCGUACUCUCUCUUCAAGUUCUGCGUCGACCGAGACUUCGAAUUUUUGCAGAACCUUCCCAGGCAGUCCCGAUGGCAUUCACCAGAUGCCGGGCCCACGCCAGUGCAAGGACCUUCGUUCUCACCACCCCCUACUAGCACAAUUGAAGAACCACCUUGUAUGGCGGACUUCAAUUUCGGUGAAAUCCCCAUUUGGGAUUCCUCAUUGGUGGAUUCGCAUUGGCUUGCGGAAUGGUUUCCCAUCACCCUGGAUCAGUCAUAA